UAACUAGUACUCUAUUAUUAGGUUGAUGAGUGGAUUUCAGUAGUUACUAUUUCAGUCCUUCCAAAAGGCUUCAACUAUAAUGAAGACUAAUUCAUUGGCAUUGCUCCCAUCUUGUGAGCACUCUGAAAAAGAAUUUGCUAAGCCUUUACUGAGGAGAUCUGUUGCAUCAGGGGCUUUUUAGAUUCAUGAGCACUCAUGAACUUCAAGAACAAAAACCUGCAUAUUAUAUCCUCUAGCUAGAGCAUGUAUUGAUACUAUCUAUACAAUAGAUACUAAGAUGGCGUAUUGAUCAGCAAAAUAGAGUUCACGUGAAUAGAGGCAUGAUCACGAAGGAGCCAGAGACUUAGGAGGUGAGGGGAUAGGGUAAUGUAACACACACACACACACACAUAUAUAUAUAUAUAUAUAUAUAUACUAUACAUACAUGGUUUACACAAUGUAUACUUUUAUUAAACACUAUGACUUUUAUUGUGUAUCCCUCGUAGGUUGUUAUGUGCCGCGUCAUCAGCGCCAAUAUCAAUUUUGUUUGAGGGCUGCUCCUUGGAAAGUCUUUAUUGAGUUCCUUUAAUUUUUAGAUUCUAUGAAUCUUUCCUUUGGGAUGAGAAAAUCAGGGAAAAUGCAGAUUCUUCAGAAGCCAUGCAGAAUGAGUGUGUAGUUUUAUGGUUGUAUUCGGAGCCUAUUCAUUUACAUUCAAAGGGCUCCCAUUCUCCUACUUUUCUCCAGGCUAACUAUAUUUGGCAGUUUAUCUUUUCUCGGCAAUAUCCCUUUAGAAGAGCUUUUGUCGCAACAUUUUACCCUGUUUUCAUAGAAACAAACCAAAAAUACAUUUUUUUCUGUGAAAAACAUAACGUAGUUCGGGAAAAAAACAAUCGAUAGCAUUGUUUUCGAUGGCUUUACAGGAAAUGGGUGAUGCUUCAAAGGCGACCUUUGAGGAUGGUACUAUUACUGUUUGCGUGCGCGCAAGACCGCUUGUCACGCGCGAGUUGAAGCAACAAUCUACUCAUUGCUUACAAUUCACAAACGGGAAGCGUGUGCAGAUAUUCGAACAGGGGCUUGACGAAUCGAAUGCUACGAAGGAUGUGACCUUGCAGGGGGAAUGGGCUCCUCGCGGUAGCUCACGGAUUUUCUCGUUUGAUCACGCCUACGCUCCGGAGGUGGGGCAAGAAACGGUAUACAACGACAUUGGCAAACCGAUGCUGGAGUCUAGUUUUAAGGGCUUCAACACUUGUGUUUUUGCUUAUGGACAAACCGGAAGUGGAAAGAGCUACUGCAUGAUGGGACCCGAAGGUGGCCGCCAGAUGGACUCAGCACCGGGACUGAUACCGCGCCUGUGUGAGAACUUAUUCAAGGAGAUUGAAGAGAGGAAACGCGCCAAUGCACUCCAGGUCCAACGUGUACGCGAGGAGAUUGCCCAAAUGAAGGAUUCCAAUGCAUCAAAUGAUGCGUUAAAAAGUUUUUGUAGCAAAAAUAUGCCACCGGAGCUCGACAUUGUGGUGUAUGUUAGCUAUAUUGAAAUAUACCGUGAAAAGGUUAGAUGCCUUCUGCAUAGUGACGCGAGUUCAGCAAACCUGAAGGUGAGGCAGCAUCCAUCCCUUGGCGUAUAUGUGGAAGGUUUAAAGGAGGUUCCAGUCAGCCACACGAACCAGAUAAUCGAGCUUAUGCGCGCUGGUAACCGAAACCGUCAUACAGCGGCUACGGGCAUGAAUGAUGUUUCAAGCCGUUCUCACGCGAUUUUUGCGCUUCAGUUGAUUCAAAUGCGGAAGAGCGUGACGAAGAACGGGGCGAGUGCGACAACAGAGUUGUGCGCGAAGAUCAAUUUGGUGGAUUUGGCGGGCAGCGAACGCGCGAAGUCGACGGGCGCGGAGGGCGAAACGCUCAAAGAGGGGGCGCAGAUCAACAAAUCUCUCUCCACGCUUGGCCUUGUCAUCAGUACUUUGGCGGAAAACAACCGUAAAGGUCAGAGCAAGCACGUGCCUUAUCGGGACUCCACGCUAACCUUUUUACUUCGAGAGUCGCUUGGUGGGAAUAGCAAAACGUUCAUGCUGUCGACAGUCAGCCCCGCGACGGCGAACUACGAAGAGACGUUGAGUACGCUGCGCUAUGCCGACCGCGCAAAGUCCAUCGUGACACGCGCAUUUAUCAAUGAAACCGCCUCCGACAAGCGCAUUCGCGAGUUAGAGGAUGAGGUGACGCGGCUUCGGGAAAAAAUACGGAUUCUCCAAGAACGCGAUCUAUCCCAUCUCUCCAUCGGAGUACAGCCUGCAUCACCAUCCGGGAUCGCUACCAUUUAUGGCAGAGGUCGUGAUGGUCUUUGCGGCGCACGAGUCGAUGCCGCUGCAUUCACGCAUGAUACAUUGUUCGAUCAAAGCGUACAUUUAGGCGACAGUAAUCCUCCCACCGGUACAGGAGAGGUUGCAAGGUGGGCGCCUUCAUCAGGGGAGGGCUCUGAACGCUCCUCCUUAUCCUUCUCAGCAACGAAAAACGCUGUCUGCGACGCCACGGGUAGAUCUAGAAGCCUCUCGCCUGACAGCUACUCCAACGAACAGGAAUCGCAGGACGUUAACGUCCUAAAGUCCGAGGUAGAGAAGAUGGAGGAGAUUAUGAGGCAACUGACUGCAACCAAUGCGGAGCGCGAGCAAGAAGUGUCGGCAGUCUUGGAGGCAUAUAAGGCGCAGUCUACUGUGCGUAUCAAUCGCAAUGAUCCAUAUCUGUUAAACUUAGAUGGAGUGGGUGGGUGGGUUGUGGCGCACCUCGUCGGGUCUAAAAUCUUUCUCGGCGACUAUUCUAGUCAUAUAUUGGAAGAAAAAGAUGGGUGCAAAGACUCGGAUAGUGGAGGCUCCGCUAAUGAUUCAUUUAGACUUGGUGCCAGCACAGAAUCCAGCGAGAACUCCGACCUCGAGACUAUCAAGCCUCCUCCUGAAGCUGGGCAGCCAUCCAAGACCCCCAAACACAAGAAACGUCGACAAUUCAUAGUACUUUCAGCCAAUGAUUACGCCGACCCGCCGGGAACACCUCCUCCUUCGAUUGGAGCUCCGCAUUGCGUUCUAUGCGCACAGCUCGGCAACUCUUUUUCUCUGCAACCAUGUGCUUCCCAUGAAACUUAUGUUAACGGACAUCUCCUGCCGGUAUCAACCUGUGAUUAUUGGGAUCCCAAAAGCGUGGUUAUCCUUCAAAGCGGAGACGUUAUCUCACUGGGAUUGGAGGGCCCACAGUUGAAGUUCGUCGAUCCGACGGUGACCCCGAUGACGGCGAGAGGCCGGCGCCCAAUUUAUCACCAAUCCACCGCGUUCCUGGAUGCGCCUGCGAUAGAUCGUCGUCUGACUGGAGCCCCGUCUUCUUCAGAGGCCACCACGAAGAGGGUAUCGGUGCCCUCGCUAACUCUGAAAGCGUGCCCCAGGCCCGUUUUAAAUGCCCGCCCCUCAAUUCAAACCCGGCGUGGAGCCACAGCAAGCGGCGAUGACUCGAGCUUAGGAAAGAGUGGCGUCCCUCGAGUUUCGAACCUCCCACCUCCUUCCCGAGACUCCUCUGGCACCCAGCCAGGCGCUGACGACGUGAGCUCGCCGAAUUCCCCGGCCUCUCCGUCCACCGUGGGCCCCUCAGCCCGUCCGGUGGUCCCCGUGCUCCAGCUGGGGGCUCUUGUAAGACCCAACCAGCUCUUCGCCACCAAGGGGCCUGUUCUGGCGACAGGAGGGGGUUUGGAUGGCAUGAAGUCGCCGUGCUCCGAACCUUGUCUUUUCGCCGCUUCCGCAGGGUUGGAGAAUGUCAAGAAACCGCCGUCGAGCUCUCGUGUGGCGAGAACCCCCCAGCGCUCUUCGAUUCUUACCUCUGGUGUCCUUGAGGGUAGGGUUGUGUCAUGCUCUACGACCGAUCGUGCGUCCGUAAGGUUCCCUUCGAAGGCUAGCAUUGUAAAAGGAACACCAGUGAUGCUACGGGGCACAAGCAUUGCACCGCCUUCGGUACUUUUGAAUUCAUCAAAAUUUGAGUUUGAUCCAGAACGGUUCAUUGGACGGCAUAAUUUCGUUUUUCUAGGUCCCGUCCAGAGUGGGAAGACGACAUUACAGGAAAACCUCAAACUACCUAACCGCUGGUAUUCUUUUCUCAAGAAGGAUAAACUUCGGGUGACACCAACCUGGGGUAUUCGUCGAUCGCAGCUAACCGUGGAGGGUUCGGAGGAUAUCGAGCUUCUUUUCACGGAACUUAGUGGGCUGACCUGCUUUUCUAUCCUACACGACCAACUACCUACCCGUCGCGUCACAUAUAUGCUGUGCUUUUCAUUGUCGACUGACAAUCCGUCGCUACAGAUUUUCAAUCAGAUCCUCGAGUUCAUCUUGUGCAACAGCGAUCAUCGUGAUUCCUCGGUUGUCCUUGUGGCCACUCACAUUGACAAGUGUAGGCAUUCGGAGCAAGACCUCUACACUAUCUUGGAGAGCAUGGGACAGCAGGUGCACAACUUUUUUCAACUCCUUCAGCCUAAUGCUGAGCUUCGUCCGACUAUCGUAGCCCGGUUUGCUGUCGAUAAUGUGAAUCGGAAGGUUUUCUCUGCUGGCUUUUCGAAGAUGCGCACCAUUACGGACCUCCUGAACUGGAUGAGUGAUCAUGCCCUGCAUCGAUGCAAAAACGAUAUUGACUUUCUGAAUGGUCGCAUUCCGCUUCGAUGUGAGAAGCUCAGAGCGAUGGUGACGAGCUUGCGUACCACAACUGGUAAGUGGUGCAUUUCUUUAAGCGAUUAUAAAAAUCGCGCGAAGGAGGUAGAUCGUCGUUACGGGCAAAAGAAUGACCUGCAUGUGCACACGCAGCUUUUGGCGCAUGCCGGCAUCCUUAAACACCGUUUCCGCCACACGGAGAUGCGCAAGUUUGUCAUUAUUGAUGUUGACUGGUACUUAAGAUUGUUGACAUGCGUCGCGUGUUGCGGCUCCAUUUCAAAAUCGGAUCCAGACCUGAUGGUGCUAUGCGCCUCGGAUCUCAUGAGGAGGUUUCAGGAGACAGGACUGUUGCCCUUCAACUGGAUGGACGUCAUCGCUGCGGAUCAGUACUGUCUGUUAUCGAAGGGCAUCAUCACCGCAAAGGUGUACGAUGUGUUGAUAAGUAAGAUCCUUUCCGAAAAGGAUGUCGAACGGCCAAGCCCAUCUGGUAUUCUGGACCUUCUGCGGUGUUGUGACUACAUUAUAAUGGGUAGCAGACUUUGUUUUUCCCCUUCACCCUUAUCCCUUUCGAUAAGGCAAGGCAAAGAGAACAUCAACGGUGCCGGAGGCAAGGUUGAGGAAUGCGAAAAUCAGGAUAUGCUCGAUCCCAGGCUUGAGAAUUUUUUUCUUUUACCGACCAAUUUUUUCCAUCGCGCUUCACCGGCGGUGAUUGAAUAUCUACCGAGGCUAUUAACCGGGCCGUUCUACCGCUUCACUUUUAACAUGGUCCCGCUGCAUUUUUUCUCCAAAGUGACCUGCCGUUUAGCAUAUACAACAGCUCGCGCCGUUUAUAUUGGGCCCGUGCAGGAGCAGCAGGUCGAGGCGGACGUCCAGUACAUGCCGUCGGAUGACUCAUGCGACGCUAAUAUUAGCCCGUGCGAGCUACUAGAUGACAGUAAAGCCCAAUCGCUCCAACAGGAACCAACAUUAGCAUCUGAGAAUCCCAAGAUGGCCGUAAUUCCAGGGGAUAAUCAUUUUUGGCAGGAAGCGAUAUGGGCUCUUGGACCCGCGGGUAAUCGCGCUUUCAUUCGCAUGGUACACCAUUCUCUUUUUAUCUCAUUCUACAGCACCACGGAGCUUUCCGGGAGGGAUAUCACAUCCAAUGAUGCCGGAGGUGCUGCCGCUAUGUUUUUCGACUCCCUACUUCGUGUGGUUCGUGAGGUUGUGCAAGAGAGCCCCGGCGCACAAUGUCAAGAAGGACUUCUCUGUGCAAUGGAUGAUUAUGAUGAUGCUUCUUGGCCAUUUUUAUCAAGUGUAGAUCAGGAAAAUGAGACCACGUGCAUGAAUUCCAAAACAGUGCUUGGCUCGAGCAGAGAUGCUUUCAGUGAGCAAUCGUCGUCAUGUUAUUAUUGCACGGUAGAUGAGAACAUCAAUAGCUUCGACAAAAUACGGGAAGUUGAGCAGUUUGCCCUGCAAACGGCGCGUUAUCGCCGCUCACAUAAAGCUAGCUGUACAAGAAGCAAGGUAAAUGGAAGCGAUCAAAGCGAUGUGGAGGUGAAUAUUGCUCCCCUACUAAGAAACUUCACGACUAAAGUCAAUGUAGGAGCUUUGAUAAGCUCCGUGGAGGCUGAUGUGGGACCCCCGAGUGAUCCUAAAUUGAAGGAAACCCUCCAGCAGGCGUUAAUUGGAUGGAAUCAACUCCACCUUGUAGGAGUUGAGGCUACUUCACGCAGAAAUUCGGAUUCCAGAAAUAUCGCUAAGCACCGUGAGAAGUUAGGUCAUGCAAUCGAUAUUGUAGUUGACACAUUGGCGCGGUGGUGGGCCCACACAGUGGAGGGUAACGUCGUUACAUGA